AUGGCCUGCGAUGCCGUUCCUUUGCGCGGCGUGCGGGUUCCGGGGGUUGACUCUUCGUCACAGCUGGGCAAUGUGCGCCGCUCGCUGCAGGGCUACGUGCGCUGCUUCCCACCAGGGGACUACUUCCGGUACAAGAAGUUGGCGCAGGCGGUGGUGUGGGCAGAGGUGCUCUUUGAGCCAGACACCUCGGGCGCACAGAACCUAAGGCGCUCCUGCAGGCUUGCGGCUGGCACGUUGGCGCUGCUGCUUUGCGUGAACCUCUUCGCUUGGAACGGGGUGCGACAGCUGCUCGAACACGGCCCUGGUGGGGCGCACUUCGCGGACCUCAGGGAGUCGCUCGCCGCCAAAGAGGCUCUGGGCGCGCUGGAGCUCGCGGUGAAGCUGCCAUGGGCGGAGCAAAACGCGGCAGAGCCCUGGCCUUUCUUUGCGCUGCUGGCCAUCCUGUCGGAGCGCCUCGCCUCGACGAGUACGAGCUCAACGGCCUCGAGGAGCCUCGCGCCGCUGGAGGCGUUGUGGAAAGCUUGGCUGGAGUCAGGCAACUGGUCCCUGCCCGGCGAGGCAAAGGCGGAGGCGGAGGUACAAGGAGUCGACUGCGAUGCGGUGACCGCCAUGGGCGCCGUGACCUCUGCGCUCGCUGCGCUGCCGGAGCCGAGUCUGCAGAGUUCGGCGCUGCCUUUGGCCUGGGAGGGCCUAGCGCGGCCGAUCUCAGAGGUGCCUCGGAAAGCUUUGGCCACGGCGCAGGCGCAGGUGCUGCGGUGCCGCCAGGCCUCAGAUUCUUGGCAUCGCCUGCUGUCACCCUCCUGGGGCACCUUCUGGCGAGGCCUAGACCGGCUGUCAGCAGCACGGGAUGUGAUGGUGUCCCUACAGCUGCAGCUGGAUGACAGGAUCCACUUGUCGGAGAAAAGCCGCGAGCUUCUGCGGAACCACUCUGUGCCGGUGGCCUUUUUCAUGAGCCUUCAUCCACCGCACCUCCCCACGAAGGCGGCGGAGGAGGGCUACUGGUUCCUGGCCGACCGCAUCCGCGCGUCCGGCUCACCCCACUGCAAUCCAGCAUUCCUCUACGUGGCGGAGAUGCUGGAUUUGCAUCGGAGCAUCAAGCAGAUCGCUUCGCCCAUGCGUUUGGUGGACAUAGGAGCUCACUUGGGCGACUGCGUCCUUUGGGCCGCCGCGCGCUGGUCAGACGCCCGGAUAUUGGCUGUGGAGAUGCGUGCCGACAACGCUGGACACCUCCGACGUGCAGCGCAACUGGGCGGGCACGAAGGCAGGUUGGAGAUCCGGUCGCUGGAGGUGACCUCUGCAGCUUCUGCCUGCGACCCCCUGCAGGGCAGGUCGACCAUUGACUGCAUUCUGGACCACUGGGCGCAAGAGGAGAUAGAGCUUGUGAGCGUCUUCCUGGGUGGGGAGGGGGAGGUCCAGGCACUGCUUGGGGGGCUGAAGUGGCUGCGCUCCAAGCGGCUGCAGGGGGUGCUGGUGAGGAGCACGAGCUCGCCCAUCGAGAGCUUCUGGCGCCUUUUGGAGGAGCAUUCGUUGCCCUACCGGCUGGUGACGUUGCGCACAGAGCACGACCUGAUUCUCGUCCGGCUAGACUCGUACCUGGACCACUUGCUGAAGCGAUAG